AUGCCGAAGAGAGAGCGGUCGGCAGUAGGGGAGCUCAUGAAAGGGCCGUGGACGCCGGUGGAGGACGAGAUACUGGUGCAGUAUGUGCGGGAGCACGGAGAGGGCGACUGGAACCGCGUCAGGCGCCUCACCGGCGUCCCUCGAAGUGGCAAGAGCUGCCGCCUCCGCUGGCUCAACCACCUCCGCCCCGACCUCAAGAAGGGCACCUUCUCCGACGAGGAGGAGCGGCUGGUCGUGGAGCUCCACGCUCGCUUCGGCAACAAGUGGUCGCUCAUAGCCGCCCAGUUGCCGGGACGCACGGAUAACGACAUCAAGAAUUUCUGGAAUACUAGGGUGAAGCGGCAUGAGAGUGCCGGCUGGCCGUUGUACCAGGCAAAUCCAAACAUAGGCCGCGCACCGAUCGUUGGCCAUACUACUUUCUUGCCAGCACAGAGCCCUAAUUUUCUUGCGGGUAAUGUUCCAGUUCCUCCAGGUUUUGUGCAGCCCAAUAGGAAUUCUGCACUUGCAUACGUCCGAGAAGCGAUGCCGCCUUUUAUCCGAGCAGGCAGUAGUCUCAUAAGUGAUCUGCCGCCACCGUUCAUUCGAUACGCCCAUCAGAGCAGCGAGACGAUCGCUGCGCCAGGUUUCUCGCCUCUGCAUAAUGCUGAUUUUGAAGGCAAUCGCCAUCUGCCCUCUGGUGCCCGUUAUGCCCCGCCUUUCAGACCCGUUUUCGGGACUAGAAUGCCGGAGCUCCCUUCAGGCCAGAGUUUACAAGCUGGACAAGGUAGUCGGGGCAAAACAUCCUCUCUGCUGCUGCACCAGAUUGAUGAUACGAAACAGCAUCCGCAUCCGCUUGCAGCAGAAAAUGUUAUCAACCCACUGCAAGCGAUCCUGCAUGCACCGCAGUCGUCGAAAACUACAAACGGAGAUUUGGAUCCACGAUGCAACGAAAUCAGCACUGAGGGUCAUUCUGCGUCGCCAGCAUUCAUAGAGCAAGCUCCUGAUAGCAGAGAAUCAUCAAUCGGACCUAAUUUGAAUCCUGAAGCACAAGCACGUCGUAUUGAUGCAACUCGGCCGGAUGCUCUACUUGGACAGUGUCAGUUUUUCGCCUGA